AUGACACCGUCGAAGCAAUUAACGUCAGCAAUAUUACAAGAAGCUCCAAUAUUUUUAGCGAUGGGCGAACAGGAAGAAAAUGUAAUAAAGAUGUUUGAUGUCAAGUCGUUUGAUUACCACAGCUCUGAAAGUCUGUGUGAACAAAGUAACAAUGAAUUUAUUUCAUUUGCUAAACAGAGGUAACCUUUCAUUUCCACGACACCGCUGCUGUGAAGUAUGUUCUGGGAUAGAUUGCUCAUGCUUUCUUGACCAGUACAUAGCUUUUAAAGAAAGAGUCCAGGAUAACAAGGAGAAAUUCAAGAAUUUUUGGUUUGAAGCACAUCAAAUUACAUGGAAUACUUCAAUGUUUUAUGCUGCUUUCAUCAAACGGAACAUGGCGUACAUGAAGGUAUACCAGAUUUGGUUGAAAUCAUUGAAAUUUGCCUUGUUAUGUCCAGAUCUCAAUCAGAUACAGAACGAUUUGGGAAAAUUGCUAAAGAUGUGUCCGAAAAAAGAUUUGGAAAAUUUAAAGAAACGCAUGAAGACCAAAAUGAAAGGGACAGAGUUAAUCAGGAAAGAUUUAUUUAUG